AUGGCAGGCUGUCUCACCAGACUUGAGGAGUGGACGCGUGAACAAGUCCACCAGUGGUUAUGUCAGGAGGUUAAAGUGGAUCAGAAAUAUGCAGAUCUGUUAUUUGAGCAGGAAGUAUCAGGUGAAGAGCUGGUCUGCUAUGAACUAAAACACUUCUGCGAUCUUGGCAUAAAGCACGGCCCAGCAGUCAAAAUUUCAAAAAGGUUGGAAGACUUGAAAAAUGCACAAAAAGAAGAAGAAGAAGUUAAAUCAACAAUAAAAGAUGGAGGAAGGACUGGGUCUGGAUGCCUGUGUAGUCUCCACCCAUUUGACAAUCACUCUGAAUUUCACAGGUACAUUCAACACUAUGUUUUACCUCCAGAGACAGGUUCAGGCAACCUGAUUGAUCCAAUCCAUGAGCAUAAAUUCUUGGGAGGUGUAAAUGGCACUGACAAAAAGGAUGCAUUCAAGAAAAAGUUGUUCCCGUUUGCAGCAGCAUGUAUGAACAGUCGGACAAAUGGCACCAUACACUUUGGAGUAGCAGAUUCCAAAGGAACAGGUUAUUCUCAUGGUGAAAUUAUUGGAAUCAGUGUUGAAAAAGACAAAAUUAUUGAUGCCUUGAAUCAUAAUAUCGAAUCAUACUUUGGAUACCAAGCUGACAAGGCAAAGAAAUGUAUCAGACAACCACGCUUUGUGGAAGUACUCAGCCCUGACAAUACCUCCUCUGACAGAUGUGUCAUUGAGGUGGAUGUAGUCCCAAGUCACAGCAUAGUCCAGGGUAAGAUAUUUUACAUAACAGACGGACAAAAAAAAAAUAAAAACACUCAUGUAUUUAUCAGGGAAGGUGCUUCAACCAGGGAUAUCAAGAAAGAUCCUAAGGAAUUCAAACGUUUUGAAAAAAACUUAAAGCAGUUGGACCUACUCAGAGAGCAGGCUGAGAGGAGGCCGAAACUGAAAAGUCCUGUCUUUAGUAACCAGGGUGAGAGGCUGAAGAAUCUAUUAACAUGUGGAGGGGGAGCACUAAACUACUAUGAUUUUUACUUUAUUGUAAUAAAUAAAAGCCACCCUGAACAACUUCACCAUCUUCAGUUUAUCAGCAAACUGAAAAGAUUUUUUGUUCUGGACUUUGAUCCAGAGUCUGCAGUUAGUGGAUCCUGUUCCAAGUGUUGCGACUCUACAUCUGCAAUUAUUCAUAUGGCAAAUGAAUGUAAAAACGUUCCAAGAACUUUAACUGAAACUCUUCAAUUGUACAGUCAGUCUAACUGGAUGUUUUGCAAUGGGAAAAAAGGCUCAGACACAGACCCUGACAAACCACUACAUAAUAGUGAAUGGCUAAAGAGCAAAGCUGCCAAAAUGGAAGAAACGAUAUCUUUUCUCUGCAAUCGUGGCACACUGCAAAGAGGAAGAUUCUUGGUAAUAUUUCUCCUUCUCUCUACUGUGGAAGCCAUGAUCGAUCCAGUAUUUGACACAUUCAUGAGUUUCUACAAAUUUCUUGAAGGGUCCAAACACAUUCUGAGUAUGUGUUCAUCAGAGAGUGCCUUUGGAAAAUGGAAAGAUUUCAUCAGAACCAGGUGUGGAAUUGACAUGAGUAGGCACAUAUGUAAAUUAGAGGUGAGUGAGAUAAAUGGAACUAUAUUGGAUCUUGAGAAACAUAGUGUAACAAAUGUAAAACUUUUGCCAUCAGGGGGAGGAAGCUCAGUUGUUCUGCAACCAGAGGAUGAGAAACACAUGACAGCUCUGAAAAUCCUGUGUCAAAAUGAACGUGAAAAUGAGCAAAACCAUUCACCAUCUGAAGAACAAUUCCACAGUGGGCUCAAAGCAGCGUGUUGGGACUUCUUUGUUUCAGAGAAAGAAAAGUCAUUCAUAAAACGAGACAAAUAUCGACAGCUCAAAGACAUGAUCAGAUAUCAAACCAAAGAUCCUUCAAGCACAUGUGUUAUGGUGAAUCUUUUUCAUCACCCUGGUUGUGGAGGCACCACCUUAGCCAUGCAUGUGAUGUGGAACCUUCGAAAAGAGUUCAGAUGUGCUGUGUUAAAGGACAAUAGUGUUCCAAAAACUGAAGUGGCGAAACAAGUCGCUGAUUUAAUGAGGUGUGGGAAGAGUGAGAAUUCAGUCAAAACACCAGUCCUGCUGUUGGUGGAUGACUUUGAGGAAACAGAAAACACACAGCUGGAACAAAGCAUUAAAGAAAUUGCAGGAAAAAUAUGUCUAAAUGCCUUAAUUAUCAUUCUGAACUGUUUGCGUGCAAAAGAUCCACAAGAUAGUUUCAAAAAGAGUGUAAGUGAGAGUCUGUUCAUCACAGCAGCACUGUCCAAGGAUGAACAAGAUGCAUUUGGGCUGAAACUGAAAGAACUAAAAGCAACUGAUGAGAAACCUGAAAACUUUUACUGUUUCAUGGCUAUGAAAACCAACUUUAACAAGGCAUAUGCACAAAAUGUUGUGUCCUUCAUCUUGAAAGAUUUUGAUAAGAACAGCAAACAAUCACAACUUCUGUCUAUCCUGGCACUCCUGAACUCAAGAAGGGCUGAUGCUUCCAUCUCUGUUCUACUGUGUGAGGAUUUCCUGGAAAUUAAACCUUUACACUGGGGGAAAGAAUCGGUGUUAGAGAAAAUGGAACCCUUCUCAUGCUUACUACUAGAGUUCACAGGCGAAGGACCAGAGGCAUGCAGAGAAAUCCGCUUGGUCCAUCAACAGUUUGCAGCAGAGUGUGUCAAUCAACUGGAGAAGACGUAUAGUAUCUCAAGACAAAACAUAUUAAGGACUAUAUGUAAAUGGGACUUGAUUUUUAGGAAAAACAUGGAAAAAGAUGACUUAAAAGACUCAGUGGAGAGGGUGCUCAUGACAGGACAAUAUGAGGAAGAAGAUUCGAUAUUUUACAGCUGCAUAGAUAGGAUCAUCCUCAGAUUAAAGGAUGUUAAACUAAAUCCAAAUCAUCAUCACAGCAACACUGGUAUUUGA